AUGAAGGUGAAGAGCGACGAGGUUACGCCGGCGCCGGCGCCGGAGGAGAUCCUCGGCCACCCGUUCCAUCCGCAACACAGGCUGAAGCUCGCCGGCCACGACGCGGCGGUGGAGGAGUUCGUGUGCCUCCUGUGCACCACGGGGGAGGGGAGCCGCCACUGCCACCGCCACCGCCGCAAGCACUGGACCUACAGCUCCGACGACAUCGACGGCGAGGCCGUGCACCUGCACGUGGCGUGCGUGAAGAAGAUGGCGUUCGAGAGCUCGGUCGCGGGGUGCACCAAUGGCAGGAACGCGCAGGUGAUCACGGCGCCGGUUCAGACGAUGGCUCUGCUGCAGCAGAAGAAAGGCAAGAGCCGGAGCGCGCUGAAGAAGCUUGUCAAGAUCGUCGUGUUCGCUCUCCGCGUCGUCGUCGGCGUGCUGUUCGGUGACCCGACGGCGAUUGCUGUGGCCGUCGUGCAACUCAUCUUCCCCAACGGUUAG